AUGGUUGCAUUAAAUCCUAAUAAGUAUGGACAUACUUUGGGGGUGGAACCUCAAAAAUUUCAAGGUGAAUCAGAUCAAGGUAGCAUAUCGUCUGCAUCACCGUUGGCGGGAGAGCCAUAUAGCAUCGGACCUGAUGAGUUAGCAGAGUUGCAUGACCCUAAGUCGAUGAAGAAGUUGUAUGAAAUAGGAGGCGUAGAUAGUUUGAGUGCCAACUUCAAAACUGACCUAAAGGGAGGUAUUAAUGACGGGGAUGAGAAGGAUAUGGAAAGGAGAACACAGUACUAUGGAGUCAAUAGGUUGCCAACGAAAGUACGUAAGGGUUUCUUUGAGUUGUGCUUUGAUGCGAUGAAAGAUAAGGUUUUGAUCUUGUUGUCAGUGGCAGCUGUGAUUUCUCUUGCAUUGGGGCUCUACGAAACAUUCGGCCAGGGUGUUAUGUACGACGAUGAAGGAAAUGCAAUGCCAAAGGUCGACUGGGUCGAAGGGGUCGCCAUCAUGGUAGCAGUUGCUAUUGUGGUUCUUGUGGGUGCUGCAAAUGAUUACCAAAAAGAGCGUCAAUUUGCAAAAUUGAACGCUAAGAAGGAAGAUCGUGAGUUAAUUGUUAUUCGUAAUGGUUGUCAGAAGAUGAUUUCUAUUUACGACUUAAUGGUAGGUGAUAUAACAAACCUACAGACUGGGGAUGUGAUACCAGCGGAUGCAAUUUUGGUUAGUGGAGAAGUUGAGUGUGAUGAAUCUGCAUUGACCGGUGAGGCGCAUACCAUUAAGAAAGCGCCAGCAGACGAAUCUAUGAAAUUUUAUCAGAAUCAGUUGCCGACGAAUGAAGAUAUUGGGUCUAGAGAUAUCAAAUUUAAAGAUCCCUUUUUAAUUUCAGGAGCUAAAGUAUUGUCAGGUUUAGGUAAUGCCAUGGUUACCGCAGUGGGCCCCAAUUCCAUUCAUGGGAGGACAAUGGCAAGUUUAAAUCAAGAAAGUGAGACCACUCCAUUACAGUUAAGAUUGGACAAUUUAGCUGAAGGUAUUUCCAAGUAUGGUUUUUUGGCAGCGUUGGUAUUAUUCAUCGUAUUGUUCAUUAGGUAUUGUGUUAAUAUUGCACCAGGAGGAAAGUUUCAUAUUUUGAAAAGUACAGAAAAAGGUAAAAAAUUUGUGGAUAUAUUGAUUACUGCUAUCACUAUUGUUGUGGUGGCUGUUCCAGAAGGAUUGCCAUUAGCGGUUACCUUAGCUUUGGCAUUUGCAAGUACUAGAAUGGCACAGAAUGGUAAUUUGGUAAGAGUUUUGAAAUCGUGUGAAACUAUGGGUGGUGCAACUGCUAUUUGUUCAGAUAAGACAGGUACUUUAACUGAAAAUAGAAUGAGAGUUGUGAAGGGACUUUUCGGUAGUCAAGAUUUUGACGAUACUGUUGGAAGCGAUGGUCCAAGAUCACUGGAUAUGUUUUCAAGUAUACUGAAUGAUUCGAAUGUUUUCUUCUGUACUAAUGUGGCUAUUAACUCAACUUCUUUUGUGAAUCUGGAUUACGACGAGGCGAAAGCUGAAUUGGCGAAAAUAAAACCUAAGAAACAAUCUCUUAUCAAGCAUUUACUUACCAAUUCAAGUGCUCGUCAAAAGAAACAGUUAGAAUUUCAUCAAGUGGAUGAACCAUAUUUGGGUAAUAAGACAGAAUGUGCGUUGUUGAUCUUGGCUAAUGAAAAAUUGAAUUUAUUCGGUGAUAAAUCAUUAGAACAACAAAGACAGGACAGCUUGCAAGAUAUUGUUCAAGUCUUUCCCUUCGAAAGUUCUAGAAAAUGGUCAGGUGUUGUUAUGAAGAUUGAUAAUGGUUUCAGAUUCUAUUGCAAGGGAGCAGCAGAAAUUAUUUUCAAGAAUUGCGGCUAUCAGCUUGAUCUGAAUGGUGAUGUUAUAAGAAUGGAUAGGAACUUACGUGAUGCUGCAUUGACAAAAAUAGAUGAGUAUGCUAAUGAUGCUUUAAGAGCGAUUGCUUUAUGUCACAGGGAUUUCGUGGGUAUUAAUAGCUGGCCACCUCAAGAACUAGUCAAUGAUAAUAAAUCAGAAGCUGAUCCCAAAUUGUUGAUUAAUACAAAUGGUAAUGUGGAAGAUGACAGAAAAAUGUCAAUUAUAGACGGCAUAGUUGGUCUUCAAGAUCCAUUGAAGGAAGGUGUCCCUGAAGCAGUUCUCCGUUGUAAGCAAGCAGGUGUUUCUGUUAGAAUGGUGACAGGUGAUAAUCUCAUUACUGCAAAGGCAAUUUCUAAAGGUUGUAACAUUUUGACAUCUGAAGAUUUGUCGAAUGAGUAUGCAUUUAUGGAGGGGCCAGCUUUCCGUAAGUUAUCAGUUCAAGAGCGUAACAAAAUUGCUCCAAAAUUGAAAGUUUUGGCAAGAUCUUCACCAGAAGAUAAAAGAAUCUUAGUAGAAACAUUGCGUACUGCAGGUGAAGUUGUUGCUGUAACGGGAGAUGGUACAAAUGAUGCUCCUGCUUUGAAAUUAGCUGAUGUUGGGUUCUCGAUGGGUAUUUCUGGUACUGAAGUUGCAAGGGAAGCUUCUGAUAUUAUUUUAAUGACUGAUGAUUUUACAGAUAUUGUGCAAGCAAUUAAAUGGGGUAGAACAGUUGCUACAUCUAUUAAGAAAUUCAUUCAAUUUCAAUUAACAGUUAAUAUAACAGCUUGUUUGUUAACCUUUGUAUCAGCAGUUGCAUCUUCUGAAAAUAAGUCAGUAUUGACAGCAGUUCAAUUAUUGUGGGUUAAUUUGAUUAUGGACACUUUAGCUGCUUUAGCUUUAGCUACUGAUAAACCCGAUGAAUCAUCUUUAAGAAAAAAGCCUGCUGGAAGGAAGACUCCAUUAAUUUCGGUCUCUAUGUGGAAAAUGAUUCUCGGUCAAUCAAUGACACAGUUAAUUGUUACGUUUAUUUUACACUUCGCCGGUAAGUCAAUUUUCAUCGGAUCAAGACCUGCGACGAACCACGAAAAUUUACAAUUGGAUGCUAUGACAUUUAAUGCAUUUGUUUGGUUACAAUUCUGGAAAUUAAUUGUGACUAGAAAAUUAGACGAGGCUGACGGUGUAAGUAAGGUAAGGGAUAGAAUUACCAGGGACAAUUUGGAUUUCACACAACAUUUAUUUAGAAACUGGUACUUCAUUGGAAUUGCUGCAAUUAUUGGUGGCGCUCAGAUUUUAAUUAUGUUUGUUGGCGGUGCUGCAUUUAGCAUUGCUAGACAGACACCAGCGAUGUGGGCCACGGCUAUGAUUUGCGGUUUUCUUUCAAUACCAGCCGGUUUAAUCAUCAGAAUCAUUCCAAAUGAAUGGGUAGUAGCAAUAUUCCCAACAAGGGCAUUUAAUUUAUUCAUUUAUUAUGCUGGGUUUAAGUUUUUGAAGUCUAAAAAGAAGAAUAACGAACAAGAUUUAGAGAAGUUUUCUUCAUCAGAUAAGGAAUGA